AUGCUUAUCGACAACAAGGCGCGUUUGUCUUCUUUUCAUCAUCGCCUAUUCACCAACCUAACGUCCCAUCAGGUUCAGAACACCACUGACCUCGACUCCGAGGCGGGCACAGACUGGGAAGAUCUCCCCGACGCAGGCCCUGCCAUGAAGGUAGAUCCGUCUUUCGAACCCCAUGCGCAACACGAAUUCGAACUCGAAGACGAGCAGAAGACCUCCAUGGAUCCUCCGUCUGUACCAUACAACCCUCUGCGAAUGCGCUCUUCCCCGAUGGUGAAGCCCGACGUCACCGCGCGCGGGUUUACCACCAAGCGCGCUCCGCAUUUGCGUCGGUCUGGCCGUGCCCGUGACGCCAUCGGCCCCCUCUGGUCCGGCUUCGUCGCGCUCUUCGCUCUCGCGUGCAUCCUCUUCGCGCUGCCGCUCGUUGCGCCGCGUGCAAUGCAAGGAAUUCUUAUCACCACCACCGACACCACCGACCCGCUCGCGAUCUAUGUUCCGGCUGCUCUGUGUUCUCUCCCGGUUGUCGAGCCCACGUGCACCCCGAGCCCCGACUACAAACCCGCGGCCGAUUCUGCGUUCGGGAGGAUGCACCUCGCGAUAGCAGAGCUCGCCGGGGCUGACAUCAAGGGUCGCAUCAGGGGGGCGAGCGCGCUACAAAACCGGGCCCUUAUCUUAGGCGCACUGGACGACUUCUUUGGCGGCACGCAUAUGUUGUCGGCGGGCCUCCAGCGGGUGGCGAAGAAGCUCGACAGUACCGCCGCCUACAUGACGGGGAGCAUCGACCACGCGCUCGACGAAAUCGCGCGCGCCGCUGCCUUCCCGCCGCCGUCGGGCUGGUCCCAGGUGCUUUCCCUCGCUGCAGCGAGCCCCAAGGCUGCCGCGCUCGCCGCCGCGCGCGCGUUCUUCCGGCCACAUGCGGACGGCCUCGCGAGUGUCCGGUCCGAGAUCGAGCGCGUCCGAAGAGGGAUCCCGCAGCUCGGCUACGCGCUGCAUCUCGUCUGCGACCUCGGCGAGCAGGACCAGGAGGAACUCAGCGGAAAGGCGUUUUGGGGACUGCGCGAGUGGGAUGCCGUCGCGCGGCUGAAGGAGCUGGACGCGUACUGCGAGCUCGGGCAGAACCGGUCGAGGGCCGCGGAGUGGAUGCUGGUGGGGCUUGAGGAGGAGGUGGAGGACCUGCGAGUGCGGGUGGAGACGGCGGACGCGUUGAGAUUCCCGACGGAGUUCCAUCUGAAGUUCCUCCGCAGGAGGAUGCGGGAGAUUUGGCCCGAACGGGAGACGGCGUCGGGGCGGGAGGAGAAGCUAAGGUGA